AAAGAUAUGUAAAUUCCAAAGUUCUCUAUUUCCAGACUGUGCUAUGUCUGUACAAAUAUGAACGACAUCAAUCCUAGGAGUGUUGAUGAGUAACUGGGAGAUAACGAAACAGUAUAAAAGCCUUUACUUCACCAAGUUUCUUUUAAUAAUUAAAUCAGCGUCUUACCGUAGUUUGAAGUUCGGAAUAAUUGUAUGCUUUGAAGGGAGACUCUUUCUCAGGAACAGAUUAUAAGUAAGCCGCCAAGAUGAUGCGAGGAGUUAUGAGCCGAAAGAUACCGCAGGAAAUCAUCGACCUGUUUGAGAAGUACAUGGACAACAACGUGCGUCACCUGGAGAAGAAGGAAGCCAUCCACAUGCUGCGGUCAGAGUUCGGUCUCGACGAGGACCAGGCCACAACCAUGUUCGAUACCUUUGACAAGGACAAGAACGGACAGAUGAGCAUCUGGGAAUUCCAGCAGUUCUAUGUAUGCAUGGGCACACACACAUCUAAUCCCCUUUGCAGCGCCCAAGAGGUGGUGCAGAAGUUUAAGGAAAUAGACAAGGACCACAGUGGCAAAAUAGAUGUGAACGAGGCCAAGGAGGGUCUCAGGUCGCUGAAAACUGCGACAGGCCGAGACCUUGACCCGAAAGAGGUCGAGUUCUUCAUCGAGACCACAUCAGACGAGCAAGGCCAGAUUGAUCUUGGCGCAUUCACCAAUUUGUUGUACAGACUACGCUUAUAUAACGCUCCGCCUCCUCCGAAAGACGUUAAACUUAAGAAUCCUAAGGCAAAUGAGAAUCCUAAGGCAAAUGAGAAUCCUAAGGCAAAUGAGUGAUUUCAGUUCUCUAUUGUUUUUGGGUUCAUUUCAAAUAAAACUUGGGAAACAUGUCGAAAUGUAAUACAUGUAAUAUUACAUGUAGAAAAAAUAUUAUUAAUGACUGUUGGAGAAUUUAGCAAAGGAAUUAAAACAGCCAUAUGAUACGAACUGCGUACAAACUGAAAUUAAUUAUUAUCUCUCUUUGAAGAUAUUAAAAUUUAUACGCAAAGACCACGGCGUUCUUGUAAGCUUAAUUUUAUUCUGCCAGUAUUGUAAACGAUUCUGUAAAUGCAAGGUGCAUCGCUUUUGUGUACUUUUUUCCGAGAGCGUUAUCCGCAUCUUUUGUUUUUCCAUUUGUGUCGAAACAAAUGGUUAUUGCUCAUCCAUUUUGUUACAUUAUUUUGUACAAUAUUUUCUUAUUUAUUUUCGCUUUUUGAAUAAUGAUUAAUAAAAAGAAAAAACA